AUCAUCCGUGAACUCCAAACAUAUGGGAAAGAACUUAAUGCGCAGUGUCCUGUCUCAAUCCCAUUCUUCCACCAAUGAAUCACCUCUUCAAAUCCUCCUCCUCCAUCCUUCCCACCGCUGCAAAAACCCAUUAUAAAUCAUCAUUUGAAUCCUUCACUUAUGCGAUUCUUUCACACUCAACCAAAAAUCACUUCUUCCCUUCAUCAAACCAAUCAAAACCCACAUCAAAUUUUCAAAUUAGACCAUUUUCAACAACAAAAUCUGACCUAAUUAACAAAAAAACUUUCAGGGAUGCGUCUGAACCAAUUGAUGCUGGCUCCUCCUUUCGCCAACCUGUGAGUUUGUUUCCUGGAGUGUACCAUUCUCCGGUGACAAACGCAUUGUGGGAAGCAAGAUCCAAAUUUUUUGAGAAGGGUGAAAUUGAGGUUGAAAAUGACAAAAUUUCACAAGAUGGGUUAGUGUCAAAAACUCCAUCUCAGAGUAGAACGAGUGUUGAGUAUAAGUUUUCAUCAGAUUUUGUGUUGAGGGAGCAGUAUAGGAAUCCUUGGAAUCGGAUUAGAAUGGGAAAAUUGGUUGAGGAUCUUGAUGCUCUUGCUGGUACUAUUUCUUAUAAGCACUGUUCCAAAUCCAUUGGCAUAACAAGACCUAUACUAUUAGUGACUGCUUCGGUAGAUAAGAUUCUUCUCAAAAAGCCAAUUCAGGUUGAUGCCGAUCUGACAUUAGUCGGUGCUGUCACAUGGGUUGGGCGGUCAUCCAUGGAAAUGCAGCUUGAAGUUUUGCAACCCUCACAAGAUGCUUCUCAAAAGUCAGAUCCUUUGGCUCUUGUAGCAAACUUCACAUUUGUUGCACGGGAUGCUGAGACUGGACAAUCAGCUCCAAUAAAUCGAAUUUCCCCGGAAACGGAACAAGAAAAACUGCUAUGGGAACAAGCAGAAGCAAGGAACAAGAUGCGAAAAGUAAAGAGAGGAGAACAGAAAAAUAAAAUUGACAACCAAGAUAUAAUCAGAAUCAAUGAGCUAUUGGCUGAAGGGCGGGUAUUUGUUGACCUGCCAGCUUUGGCUGAUAGAGACAGCAUUCUUAUAAGAGAUACUUGCCUACAGAGCUCUAUAAUAUGUCAGCCUCAGCAACGGAACAUACAUGGUCGUAUCUUUGGUGGGUUUCUAAUGCGCAAAGCAUUCGAACUUGCCUUCUCAACGGCUUAUACCUUUGCUGGAGCCUCACCUCGUUUUGUCGAAGUCGAUCAUGUUGACUUUGUGAAACCUGUGGAUGUUGGUAACUUUCUUCGCAUGAAGUCCUCUGUACUGUAUACGGAGCUUCAGAACCCAGAUCGGCCACUUAUCAAUGUGGAAGUCGUUGCUCAUGUUACACGUCCUGAGCUCAGAACCAGUGAGAUCUCAAAUAAAUUCUACUUUACCUUCACUGUCUGCCCAGAGGCCACAAAAAAUGGGCUGAAAAUACUAAGUGUUUAUCCUGCCAGUGAGGAGGAAGCAAGGCGGGUUAUUGAGCGUAUGGAUGCAGAACACUCGAAUGAUGAUUAGGGAUGUUAUUCAUUUACAAAUGUGGGAAGCUCAAAUUGUUCUGAUUCUUGUCGCAUGUUGAUACAGCACCCCCAAGCUACAAGUAGAGCUCGAACUUGGGACCUCUAAGUCACCGGAUGGAGCUUCCAGCCUCCCACCACAUAAACAAGCUAACUUCCUAAUUAUUAUUUGUUCUAACUUUAUAUUUCUCAACUUUUAUAUAGUCCAGGGUAAGUAGAGGUGAUAACUAGUCUGGCCUGUUCGUAAACAGUUUGGGGGAAUCGCCUUGGACAAAGCUCGGUCAAAGCUCAGUCAAAACUCGACUCGUGGUGACUCGACUCAGAUUCAGACUCGGUUUGAGACAUUAACGAGCCCAACUGAGCGAGGUAAAGCUCGGCUUGAAAACUCGUGAACGAGUUCGAUUAUACUUUUAUGUAGAAAAAUAAUAUAUUUAUAUAUAUAUACAUAAUAUUUUAACCUA